UUGAACAAUAUAUGAGUCAUCUCGUUCCAACAAAAUCGAAGUAGCUAGCGUUUAUUUCCAUGGCAUCCAAAAAUAUCUCCCACGCGAUCUUCUUCAUCUUCCUUGUUUCUUGUAAUUUUUUGUGUUCUUCCGCACAAACUUGGAUUCGAGCUGGUUACUGGUACACUGGCAGCGACUUUCCUUUACCGGAGGUAAACUCUGCCUUGUUCACACAUCUUAUUUAUGCUUUUGCCAAUGUGAAUUCCUCCACCUACCAGCUCUCUAUCCCUUCUGCUCAUGAACAAAACUUCUCAAGCUUCACCGAUAUUGUCAAGCGCAAAAACCCAUCAAUCACAACGCUCCUAUCCAUAUGGAACGGAGAAGCAGCAACAACUCAGCUAAUUUUGGGUCAGAGAGCUAACUUUUCAGUCUUGUCUAAAAUGCUCGAAAAUCCUUCAAAUAGAAAGUCUUUCAUUGAGUCUUCCAUCGAUGUGGCAAGACGUUAUGGCUUUCAAGGUAUAGACAACUCUGGCCUUGCUCAGGAGGAAGGAAAUGAUCACGAAAAGAAACCCCGGUUACUGCUUGUAAUAGUGCUAUCAGUUACUUCGGUCGUAAUUCUCAUAGCUUUCGUGGUGUGUUUCUGGCAGAGAGAACUAUUGAAGACAAGAGGUUAUAUGCUCAACUGUGAUGGGAUGAUUGUUCUAGGCAGAUCUAGGUCUACUAGUACAUCGGCUGUUGACAGUGAUGCUCCGAAUUUGAAAGUAUACCGCUUUUCCAGUCUCAAAGUGGCUACAAAUAACUUCUCAAGUGAAAACAAACUUGGAGAGGGAGGGUGGAUUUGGUCCCGUUUACAAGAUCCUACCAGACGGUAUUUCAUGGAUUGGGGAAAGCGUGUGCACAUCAUCGAAGGCGUUACUCAAGGACUCUUAUAUCUUCAAGAAUACUCAAACUUCACAAUCAUUCACCGUGAUCUAAAAGCUAGCAACAUUUUGCUUGAUGACGAGAUGAAUGCUAAGAUUUCUGAUUUUGGAAUGGCCAAACUUUUCAGAAAGGAUGAACUCGAAGGAAACACAAGGCGGAUUGUUGGCACAUAUGGCUACGUACCUCCUGAAUACGUACGAAAAGGCAUAUACUCUAUGAAGUACGACGUCUACAGCUUCGGAGUUCUACUUUUGCAAAUGAUUAGCGGACGGAAGAGUACACAUUACUAUGGUCCGAACGAAAGUAUGCACCUCUUGGAAUAUGCAUAUGUAUCAUGGAAAGAGGACAAAGGACUGGAUUUUAUCGAUCCGUCACUUGACGAUUCUUCUUCUUCUUGUAAGUUAUUGAGAUGCUUGCAAGUGGCACUGCUCUGUGUCCAGGAAAAUGCCGACGAUAGGCCUACAAUGCUGGAAGUUUAUUCCAUGCUCAUAUCUGACACUCAAGCCGUUCCAACUCCUACAAAGACGGCUUUCUCAGUGAAAAAUUACGACAACGUGGACAACCUAUGUACCCUGCAGCCAGGAAAUUGUUCGCAGACGGCGUGGUACUGCCAUUCGUCUUUGCUCGCUUGGCCUCAAAAGCUUCGUUCACAAUUCAUACAAUCUGCCAUAGAGGUUGCACGUAAGUUUGGGUUUGAUGGGCUGGACCUUGAUUGGGAGUUCCUUCAAAGCCCAAAAGAAAUGAAGGAUUUGAGCCACUUGUUAAAAGAAUGGCACCACGAGCUCAAGGAGUCCAAAUCCACGGCCCGCCCUCCGCUACUCCUCACCGCUGCCGUUUACUUCUCGGCCGACUUCUUCUUGGACGCCGUCCCCCGAUCGUACCCGGCGUCGUCUCUGAAAAAGUACUUGGACUGGAUCAAUCCAAUGUGCUACGACUACAAAGGGGCUUGGAGCAAUACCACAGGGCCCAAUGCAGCAUUGUGGAACCCGUUUAGUAACGUAAAUUCAAUAUAUGGGCUUAAGUCAUGGAUCAAGGCCGGGAUACACCCGGCGAAAUUGGUUAUGGGCUUGGCCCUCUACGGCCGGUCGUGGGAGCUCCAAAACCCGAAAAAUCACGGCUUUGGAGCCACCGAUAUUGGGCCAGGCCCAGGAGCAGGGAUGUUGUUUUACCACCAAGUCGAAUUGUUACUAAACCAAAAGGGC